AUUCCUAUGUAUAUAUAUAAAGAGACUACAGUACGUCAGCAACCAAAACCCUAAAUUUUGCUGUUUCCUCUCUCUCUAAUCUUCAAAAAUGGCUUCCUUCGUCCUUGAAAUUCUUCGUUUAGUUCCUUCAACAUCUUCUCUGCUAUCUCUGUACGCCUCAUUAUCUACCUCCUUAAUGCUACUGCGAAACGCCUACCAUGAAUUCAUUCCACAAAAGCUUGAAUCUUUUGUUAGCACAAAAAUCAAGAAUUACUUCUCUCGCAACAAAAAUCAGCCUUCUUAUGACACUUUUAUCAUCGAUAAUUCUUGGGAAGGUCUCUCUCGUAAUAAGCUUCUUGACAUAGCAAGAUUUUACCUUUCCAGCCGAAUUGGCCCGAAAAACAAAAUAAUAAGAAUUGGGAAGUUUAGAGGGGAAAAAAGCUUCACGGCUGGGUUAGUCAAAGGAGAGAGGAUCGUUGAUGUUUUUGAAGGUGUAGAGGUUUCAUGGUUCUUUGGUGAUCGUGAGAUGGAAAAUGGUGGUGGUGAGUUUUUUGAAAUAUCGUUUGAGGACAAGUAUAGACAGAAGGUUUAUUAUGAAUAUUUGAAUCAUGUUAUAAAUACGCAUAAAGCAAUGACAGAAGAAGAAAAGAUUUUGAAACUAUAUUCAAGGACUGGUAGACAUUGGGAAAGUAUUGAUUUUGAACAUGCAGCUACAUUUGAUUCAUUAGCUAUGGAUUAUGAGUUGAAGAAAGCUAUUAUGGAUGAUUUAGACAGGUUUUUGGGUAGGAGAGACUAUUACAGGAGAAUUGGUAAAGCUUGGAAACGUGGUUACUUAUUAUAUGGUCCUCCUGGAACUGGGAAAUCAAGUUUAAUUGCUGCAAUGGCUAACUACUUGCAUUAUGAUAUUUAUGAUUUGGAGCUUGCAAGUAUCCGCUCUGAUUCGGAUUUGAGACAAGCAAUGCUAAAUGUAGAUAGAAAAUCUAUAAUUGUGAUCGAAGAUCUAGAUUGUAAUUCAAAGGUUCAUGAUCGAUCAAAUUCCGAUGACUCUAACUCUGAUGACUCCAACGCUUAUGCCUCGAAUUUCACACUCUCAUCACUGCUCAAUUGUGUUGAUGGGUUGUGGUCGAGUUGUGCGGAGGAGAGAAUAGUAGUUUUCACAACUAAUCACAGACAAGUUUUGGAUCCUGCAUUGCUUCGUCCAGGAAGAAUGGAUAUGCACAUUCACAUGUCUUAUUGUACCAGUCAAGGAUUCAGAAUCUUGGCGUCCAAUUAUCUUGACAUAAAGGACCACCAUCUAUUUGAAGAAAUUGAUGGCUUGAUUCAGAAUAUGGAUGUUACUCCUGCCUCCAUAGCUGAGGAAUUAAUGAAAAGUGACGAUGCUGAUACUGCUCUUGAAGGAGUGCUCAAUUUCCUUAAGCUAAAGAAGAAAGAUAAAGAUAAAAUUGAAGAAGAAAAGGAAGCUGAUCUCUGUUAAUUAACAAUCUCGUUGUAUCUAUCUUUCCUUGAUAUGCUCGUGUUAGGUUUUAUCUCCUUUUUUUUUUUUUUUUGAUUUAACUGAUUUAAAUAAAUUUAAAGUACACAUA